AUGGGAGAUUGUAAACCGUGUCUCACCUCUAUGACUAUUAGGACAAAAUUGGUCAAAGAAGAUGAAAAUUUAUUUGAAUAUCCAACACUUUAUCGCAGUAUCAUUGGCGGAUUACAGUACCUUACAUUGUCCAGGCCCGAUAUUGCAUUUAUAGUCAACAAACUUAGUCAAGUCCUUCAGAGUCCCUCGGCUAUACAUUGGACAGCUUGUAAAAGAGUGUUACGGUAUAUUAAAGGCACUCUUCAGUAUGGUCUUCUCUUUAAGAAACAUAAUCACUUUAAUCUUGAAGCCUAUGCUGAUACUGAUGCUGAUUGGGCUAGCGAUGUUAAUGAUCGUCGGUCAACUAGUGGUUAUGCAGUAUUCCUUGGGGACAACCUGGUUCAAUGGAGCUCGAAGAAGCAAAAGGUGGUUUCUUUAUCGUCUACGGAAGCUGAGUAUAGAGCCUUAAGUCAGGCUGCAACUAAAGUGAUUUGGGUUCAACAUCUCUUUAAGGAACUAGGGAUUGAAGUUAAAAAGACUCCUAUCAUUUGGUGUGAUAACAUGAGCGCUGGUACCUUAUCCUCCAAUCCUGUGUUUCAUGCUCGAACAAAGCAUAUAAAGAUAGAUGUACAUUACGUUAGAGAGCUGGUUGCAGAAAAAAACUUGGCUGUUCAAUAUGUCUCCACCGAAUUUUAG